AUGCCGUAUUUCGUUCUCAUAGGUGGUGCCGCGAGAAGAAUUCUGGUGCGAUUCCUAUCCAGGCCGGCACGAGAUCGGCACUUCGACACUGUCACUGCUGAAGAUACUCAGGAAGCGCGUGAUAAGCAAACGCCGGUUAUGCUACUCAGCCGCCUUUCUACGACCAUGAUGAGUUUCAAGUCGGCCGGUCGCUAUUCCAUGAGGUCUUUAAAGACGUUUCUGGACGUCCCCACUCAGGCUGUUCAAUUUGGUUAUCACCCGAUAUUCCUACGGCGUCUCAGCGACGUAAGGAAGUAAAGCGACAGACAGGAAAAUCCAUUCAUUCUACACGUUUUUUGCCUCCACUGCUGCAGCAAAUGCAUGCCUACAGCUUGAUCGAGUUGACAGUGCUCAUCUUCACCAAUCUGUUCAACAUCACUGUCGGCCAGAUCCUCUUUCCAUCCGUCCGUCGCCUGCUAGAGAGGCUAGUAGGUCUGGGAAUCAUGGUGCCAAUCGAAGUCUUCUUCGAGGGUGCGCUCUACAUCUGCCUCGUGCGCUCUGCCAACUUGCCCCUGAUCAAGAGCAUAACCGAGCCGGGCGUCAUCAGGAUGCACUUGCUGGCACUGGGCAUCGGCGGCAUUUUAGUCAUCAUUCGCAAUUUUAGCCUUGUGCUGAUGCUCUUGACCGCUGCUGAUGAGAACAAGUAUCAGUCAGUAAGCAUACACGAGUUUUGUCCUUUUCAUUCAAGUAUGUUUGAGCUGCCAUGA